AUGGCGAGUCUGCAUCCAGGGUCACCGGGGCUUGGGGCGCGUCCCCGGCCGAUGGAUCCUCAGCGUUUGUUUCAUCUCGUCCAAGAUGGCGGGUGUCUACUGCAGCUCUUCUCAAAGCCUGCUGGCGAUGAGCUCUGGUCGACCUGUGGUUGGCGGCAUUUGGCUUCCGGCGAUGGCCGGCGGCGAUGGAAUCCCGAGGAUUUGGGCUGCAAGGGUUCCAAGGACUGA